AUGGGUCCAAUCGCAGAGCCUGAGAUUCCAUACACGGACGUUCUGCUCGUGGGAGCUGGUUUCGCCACAUACACACUCUUGAACAAGCUGCGGAGGCAGGGCCUGUCAGUCAAGAUCCUCGAGAGAGGCGCGUCUGCUGGAGGUAUUUGGUACUGGAACUGCUGCCCAGGUGCACGCGUUGACUCCGACACCCCAAUCUACCAGCUUUUUGACAAGGAGCUAUGGGAGGACUUCACAUACAAGGAGCGAUAUACCCUGCAUGGCCCGAGCUUCGACGAUACUUUGAGCACGUCGACAAGAACAACUUUCGACACCAAGAAGAGCCAGUGGCUGAUCGAAUGUACCGAUGAGUCGCAGUACUGGUGCAAGUGGUUUAUCCCAAAUCUCGGUUUCGCUUUGAAGAACUACUCGCCGCCCUUCCCGGAUAUCAACAAUUUCAAGGGAGAGAAGCGCGUCGCUGUGGUCGGUACCGGCGCCUCGGGCAUUCAGACGAUCCAGGAGCUCGGUCCAAAGACCGAGGAGCUUACGGUUUACCAGCGCACACCCAACAUGUGCCUCCCAAUGAACCAAAAGAAGCCCGACCCAGCGGAAGAAGAGAAGAAGAAGCAGGACGGUACCUACGAAAAGCUCAUCAACGACACACGCAGCACAUUCGCCGGGUUCACAUACGACUUCAUCGACAAGAAGACCUUCGACGACAGCCCUGAAGGCGGCUUCCGAUACUGGCUGAACACAUACAGCGACAUGCUCUUCGACGACAAGGCCAACGACCAGGCGUACGAUUCCUGGCGUCGACAGGUCCUGAAGCGCAUGACGGAUCCAGAAAAGCAGAAGAUUCUCGCACCUGAGCGGAAGCCGCAUCCGUGGGGCACGAAGCGGCCGUCGUUGGAGCAGCGGUAUUAUGAAGUUGUCAAUGAGCCUCAUGUUGAGAUUACUGAUGUGAAUGCCAAUCCCAUUGAGGAAGUCAAGGCGGAGGGCAUUGUGACGCCGAAGGGCCUCAGGGAGUUCGAUAUUCUUGUCCUAGCUACGGGCUUUGACUCAGUGACGGGCUCGCUCGCACAGCUCAAUAUCCAGGAUACAGAAGGCAGAACCAUCGGCGAGCAUUGGAAGAAUGGCACGAAGACAUCGAUGGGCAUUGCAAUCCCGGGAUUCCCGAAUAUGUUCUUCUGCUACGGCCCCCAAGCCCCAACCGCCAUCUCCAACGGACCCAGCUGCACGCAGUUCCAAGCCGAGUGGAUCGAGGAGGCGAUGAAGAGGAUUCAAAAGGACGGCAUCACGAAGUUCGAGGCGAAGCAGGAUGCUGAGGAUGAUUGGUGUAAGAGGAUGAAUGAGGCGUGGGACGCGACUCUUUUCCCAAUGGCCAAGUCGUGGUACUCGGGUGGUAACAUUCCAGGCAAGAACAUUGAGCCGCUUAAUUGGGCGGGUGGCAUGCCAGAGUAUGUUGACUCGCUGCAUAAGAGUUUGGAGAAUGAUUAUCAGGGGUGGCAUUAUGCUAAGGCUUGA